CGUGCUGUCAUAGCCACCAUGGGCUCUCCGGAGGAAGAUCGAAAGCGUCGUGCUAAUAAUAGCAGUGACGAGGAUGAAGACGACAAGGAUCGCAGUAAAAAGAGAAGAAAGGACGACGACAGCAGCAGCGAUGACGAUAGCCGUCGAAAACGCAAACGAAAGCACAAACACAAGAAAUCCAAACGGCGGCGCCGCGACGAUGACAGUGACAGCAGCUCCGAAAGUGACGAUUCUAGCAGCACCAGUACCGACGAAGAAAGUCGCAAGCAUCGGAAACGACACAAAAAGAAGAAACACUCGAAAGAGAAAAAGAGACAUCGCAAACACAAAAAAGACAAGAAGAAAGACAAGAAAAAGUCCUCCAAUAGUAAGAAACCGGAUAAAGACAAUGAUGAAGAGGAUGAUGGUCUCCCUGUCUUUGGCAAGUACGGCAUUCUGAAAGGGUCUGAUUUCUACAAGAAACAGCGUUCCUUUGAAGUUUGGAUGGCCGAAGUCAAGGGAAUGGCGGAAUACAAGGGGCCCAAAUGGGAGACGCAAAAGUAUUUUGAUGAGUAUCGAGAAGACUACAAUACGGCCACCUUUCCCCAUAAAAAGUACUAUGAUUUUGAAAAGUGGGAAAUGGAAGAAUACCAAAAGCAACAAGCCAAACAACGGGAGUUAGCCGAUUCGGGCAAAUCCAGCCAUCGAGCCGAUGAAGCACGGCAUCAAUUGGAACAACGGAAGUUGGCACAACACAAACAAAAGGCCGAUCACCAUUUGCAAUUGAGUAUGAUGAGCAAGGAAAAGAUUCAAGAAAUGAAACGGCAACAGCAACUCAAGACCGAACUGGAAGUUGCCUUUAAAACGGGUGAUCAGGAAAAGGUCAAGAAACUCAAGGCCAAAUUGGAACCAGAUGACAAAUAAAUGAAUAGACCGUAAUAACGACAAGCACGUCACACGCAAUGUUGAACCAUGAACGGAUACUGUCGUGUUUUGAAUGGCAUAGAAGUAAUGCAGGUGUUCUUCUUGCUUACUAUGUAGUUAGUUGAAAGGUCUUUAGCUCGCACAUACUGGUGACUGGUGUCCAGCCGUUGUGCUUGUUGUAGCCUCUUUGGUCUCAUGUGUCACAAUGCUACCCAUGACAAUGAAUUAAAUUUAAAAGGAAACCUCCAAAUCCACUUCUUCCCAAGGUUUCUUUCCGUGUCCCUUGUGGAACUUGCCUCCGCAAUCGGCAAAUUUCUCAAUUCCCUUGUCCGUCUUCUUAAAGGUCACCUUGCAUCCAAAUCCAGCCAUCAUAUAGCCUCCAAACUCGACCGUCUUUUCCGUGCCAACUUCCAGACUGUCCACAAAUGCUGGGUCAUCGUAGGCUUCCAUCAUGGAUCGAGAGGCAUCAUCGGGCGCAAAGAGUACCUUGUCGUCCAUCAAGGCAUCCUGGACUUGACCCUUGAUGUGACGUUCCAAAUCGUCGGCCAUCUCGUCCGCCUUGCACGUUUUGUGGAAUCCGGCCUUGACAUGUCCUUCACAGUUGAUGCAGCCACCCAUCUCGGCGACAAAGCCACCUUUGCAGUGAAUGCCCUUUUCCAGGCAAAACCCACCUUUGCCACCACCAUGACCGUGGUCGCCGUCGUCUUCCAGGGCAGUGGAAGAUGAGACCAAGCCCAGUUUGCCGGCAUUCACCAACGAUGACAACCACACAGCAGCCAAUAAGGAGCGAAACAACAACAUUAUUAUGGCAGAGUUGGUGACUACGGAGACUACCAGGUACAAUAAGGAGCUUAGCAACAACAACAACCUGUUUCAGAACUCUUUGGUUGGGUUUUGUGACUUCUUCGCCGUUUUCUCAUCAUUCUUCUUCUCGUUCUGACGAAGGUUGUCAGAAAGAUUUGCUUUCGCCGUGGGAAUCAAUUUCGCAAGAUCCAAAGAUAUUUUCGAUUCAAUUCGAUUGAUGAGAUUCAUUCGACUCACUCGAAUAUUCUUCUCCCA